AUGUCAAAUUUUGAGCAGUUUCAGUUCGACUUUUACCAGUCUAAUUAUACCAUAGACGACCAGGAAGAAGGUUACAACAGCUAUGGCUCCGACAAAAACCUCUGUGAAGGCAGAAAGAGCCCGACAGAAAAGCAAUCUCCAGCCGGAGCUUUUGUCCCGUCAGACAUGCUUCUGUCCCCUCAGAGCUACACGGGGCAGAUUUUGCAGCCAACGGGCAGUGCCGACGCUCUUUCCCAGCUCGGUUAUGUUGAUGGAUUUGACGAAGAACCUCCUUUGUUGGAAGAGCUUGGGAUCAAUUUCGAGCACAUAUGGCAAAAAACACUAACGGUUCUAAAUCCGAUGAAGCCUGCAGAUGGCAGCAUCAUGAAUGAGACAGACCUCACUGGACCUAUGGUUUUCUGUUUGGCCCUCGGAGCAACAUUGCUGAUGGCAGGAAAAGUUCAUUUUGGCUACGUGUACGGGAUGAGCAUCAUCGGGUGCCUCGCCAUGCACGCCCUGCUGAACCUGAUGAGCGUGUCGGGCGUCUCUCACGGCUGCGUGGCGAGUGUCCUGGGCUACUGCCUGCUGCCCAUGGUGAUCCUGUCCUCCUCUGCUGUCAUCUUCUCACUGCAGGGGGUCCCAGGAACUGUGUUGGCUCUGUUUAUUAUUGGAUGGUGCAGUUUGUCAGCCUCCAAAAUUUUUACCUCUGCAUUGGCUAUGGAAGGGCAGCAGCUCCUGAUUGCAUACCCGUGUGCUCUACUUUAUGGACUUUUUGCACUUCUAACAGUUUUCUGAGAUGUACUUUCUGGUAGUUUUCUUACAGUCUGUUCACAGUUGUUGGAGGGGCAAGGGGUUAUUUACUUAGUUUCACAUUGCCUAGAGUUGCAUUAAGUUCCAUUAACAAAAUUAGAGUCUAUGACUUACUGGUUUUUUUUCCUAAUGGCUGAUAAUGAAAUAAAUCAAGAUAACAUGUAGAUGGCCUCAAAAUAAUGGUGUUUUGAGAGUCUUACAGCUGAAAGAAAAGUAAUUGUAUUGAGAAGGUUGUAAUAGUGAAAAAAAAAGAAAUAAAAUAAAAAUUUUGUUCUGAGUAUUUAUAAUAUAAUACCUUACCUAGAGAGUAACUAGGUUACUAGAAUGCAAUUAUGUAAAUAUUUAAUGGACAUAAUAAAUCAAGUGAAAAUUCAUAUUUGUUUUAAAAAGCACUGCUUGCCAUCUUAUGUUAUUACUAAUUGAUAUCCAGAAUUUAUAUGUGUGAGUUUGGGUUUUUUUGUUACAGAAGACUUAGUGACAGUGCUCUGUGACACUGAAGAAUAGGCCAGGAACAGGCUGAUACAACUGAAGGAACCUCGGAAUGUCUUCUUGGGUUUUAUUAGGGUUUUUUAGGGUUUUUUGGGKUUUUUUU